UUGCCAAAACACGAUCAUUCCAAAGUGUUCAGGACAACCAGCGACAGCCCGCAUUGAAAUGUUUUCCUCAGAAUCGUUCAUUGAGCUGUAGGAAGCGGACGUGCGACCACCCCCGUAUGCCAUGCGGCAAUAUCAACGCGUGUGAUACGAGAGCCCAAAGAAGAGAAAACUUUUACUUACGUUCUGCAAUCAAGAGGAUUUCCUGGAGUGCAGUGAUCGUCAGCUAACGGUGCAAAUAUCGGGCGGAAAAGGUGUAGCAUCCGAACAGAAUGGACCAGCCCAAUCGUGGACGCGGUCGCGGAACACGUGGCGGACCCGGCGGCAGCGGUGCGCAGCCGAACUGGAAGCAGGGCGGUGGUCCCUCCCGCCCACCGUACGUUUCCGACCGCCCCCAGGAAGCAGCAGGCGCUAGCGGAAAUGGUGGCAACGGUAACGGCAAUGGCAACGGCAACGGCAAUGGAAAUGGAGAUCCAUCCACCAGAUCCGUCGUGCCGGUGGCACAGCGCGGCGGCGGCAACGGUGGCGGAGCAGGGGCCGGCGAUGGGCCGUCGGGGCGGGGUGCGAUGCGCGGAUCGCGCUACGUGCCGGAGGUGGUCGUGACCCGGCUGCCGAACGCACCGUCCAAGCAGGGCACGCUCGGCACGAAGCUGCUGCUCAAGACGAACUACUUCCGGCUGACGCGCAAGGAGGACAGCGUCAUCUUCCAGUACCGCAUCGACUUCGAUCCGGUGGUGGAGGAUCAGCGGGUGGUGCAUGCGCUGCUCCGCACCCAGGGCCCGCUGUUCGGGCCGUACAUCUUCGACGGCACGAUGCUGUUCCUGUACAACAAGCUGCGGCAGGACGAGGUCGAGGUGCAGGUGAAGGACCCGCGCACCGACCUGCUGUACAAGCUGCGCAUACGGCGCGUCGGCACGGUCGACAUGACGUCGGAGAAGGCGUUCCUCAUACUGAACCUGAUGCACCGGCAGGCGAUGGGCAGCCUGAAGCUGCUACCGAUCAAUCGGUACUACUUCGACCCGCUGGCCAAAAUCUCCAUCCCCCAGUACGGGCUGGAGCUGUUCCCCGGGUACGUGACGUCGAUCCGGCAGCACGAGAAGGACGUGCUGCUGUGCGUGGAGAUCACGCACCGGGUGAUGCGCACGGACACGGUGUACAAGACGCUGCAGAACAUGCAGCGGCAGCCGGGCGCGUUCCGGGAAAACUUCGUCAAGAUGGUCGUCGGCUCGCAGGUGAUGUGCACGUACAACCAGAAGUCGUACAAGGUGACGGACGUCGACUUUAACACCACGCCGUCGUCGUCGUUCACCAGCCGGGAGGGCGAAAACAUCACCUUCAUGGAGUACUACCGCAAGGCGUACAACAUUACGAUCCGCGACCCGAAGCAGCCCAUGCUGGUGUCGACGCCGAGCCAGCGCAUGCUGCGGUCGGGCGCGAGCGGCCCGAUCCUGCUCGUGCCGGAGCUGUGCCGGCUGACCGGCAUCACGGACGACAUGCGGCGGGACUUCAAUCUGAUGCGCAGCAUCGCGGACCAGACGCGCAUCGGGGCGGACAAGCGCAUCGAGCGGCUGCAGCGGUUCAACGAGCGGCUGCAGGAAACGCCGGCCAGCCGGGAGGUGUUCACGUUCUGGAAGACCGAGCUCGACCGGCGCCUGGUGGAGGUGCCGGCCCGCCUGCUGGCGCAGGAGACGAUCAUGUUCCGGGCGGACGGGGGCGGCGUGCCGGCCGGCCCGGAAGCGGACUGGAAUCAGGCGUUCCGCAACAAUCACAUGUUCAAGACGGUGCCGCUGCAGCGCUGGUUCAUCGUGUGCGAGCGCAAGGCGGAGCAGCUGACGCGGGACUUUGUCGGUGCGAUGAUGCAGGUCUCGAACGGGAUGGGCUUCAAGGUGGCACAGCCGCAGAUCCUCUAUUUGCAGAACGACUCGGGCGCGUCCUACACGAACGCCAUCAACGAGCUGAUGAACAAGGAUCCGCAGCUGGUGAUGUGCAUCGUGCCGAACGAUCGGGCCGACCGGUACAAGGCGAUCAAGAAGAAGUGCUGCGUCGACCGGCCGCUCCCGUGCCAGGUGAUAAAGGCGCGCACGAUCACGCCGAAGAAUCAGAACCUGCGCGCGCUGCUGACGAUCGCGACCAAGGUGAUGAUACAGCUGAACUGCAAGCUCGGCGGCAUACCGUGGAUCGUGAAGAAUCCGCUGAGCAGCGUGAUGGUGGUCGGGUUCGACGUGUGUCACGACGCGAGCGACAAGUCGCUCUCGUACGGUGCGCUGGUCGCGACGAUGUACGCCGCCAAGCACAUCGAGCCGAAGUACUUCUCGGUGAUCGAGCGGCACCAGCGGGGCGAGGAGCUGUCCAGCUUCCUGUCCAGCAACAUCGUGAAGGCGCUGCGCAAGUACCAGGAGCAGUUCGGCGAGGGCGUGCUGCCCCGCCGCAUCCUCGUGUACCGCGACGGCGUCGGCGACGGUCAGCUCGGCCACGUGGUCGAACACGAGGUGCGCGCGAUCAAGGAGAAGCUGACGCGGGUGUACGAGAACAACGAGUUCAAGUCGCAGCUGUCGGUGAUCGUGGUGAACAAGCGCAUCAACACGCGCCUGUUCGACGGGGGUCGCAACCCGCCGCCCGGCACGGUGGUGGACGAUAUCGUCACGCUGCCGGAAAGAACCGACUUCUUCCUUAUCUCGCAAACGGUGCGCCAGGGUACGGUGUCCCCGACCUCGUACAACGUGAUCUUCGACGAGAGCGGGCUCAAGCCGGACCAGCUGCAGGUGUACACGUCGAAGCAGACCCAUCUGUACUACAACUGGUGCGGUUCGGUCGCCGUACCGGCCGUCUGCCAGUACGCCCACAAGCUCGCGUUCCUGGUUUCGCAGUUCAUCCAUAACCAGCCCCACCAUAUGCUGGAAGGCCGCCUCUAUUAUCUAUAGAGAGUCAGCGAAAGAGAGAAAGAGAGAGAGAGAGAGAGAGAGAGAGAGAGAGAGAGAGAGAGAGAGAGAGAGAGAGAGAGAGAGAGAGAGAGAGAGAGAGAGAUGAUUUUUUUCAUAUAUUCAUUAAAUUACUGUUUCAUCUUUCUUUAUUAUCGAUCCGUCUCUACUAAUUAGAGACGCGAAGAAUUACCAUUUCAUCUGCAACCCUGAAAGGCGGAAGCAACAGAAGGAGAGCGAGGGUGUCCUUCAUUAAGUUUUAAACACACCCCAACACCCCCUCCCCCCCUGUUUCUUACUUUUUUUUUUACUUUUUUGCGCUUUAUUUUCAAUCGAUACAGUUCUUCCUUCCACGCGCGCGCUCCCUCCCUACACAUUGCUGACAAGUAAUUCGAAGCUCUAAGCCAGAGUUAUUAUUGUUCGUAAGUAAGAUACAAAGACGGAGAAUAGCUCUGCAAUUGUGCCAGAAUUUUGUAAUGUGUAGUGUAUCGUUUACCGCUCAUCUCAGGGUAAUACAAAGAACAGGGAAACGAGAGAUGUACGUUAGUUGCUAAGCAUUGUUUCUACAUUUUCUUACCGUUAUCGAGUUGGAUAGAUUUGUUUUUGAAGCUUACAUUCAUCGUUGCACAUCCCGCUCACACACACACACACACACACACACACACACACACACACACACACACACACACACACCACACACACACACACACCACACACACACACACACACACACACACACACACACACACACACACACACACACACACAUGUUCGUAGACUGCGCUUAGAGGUGGCCAUUCCAGAAUUAGGAAUCGACAAAAUUCCCCUACAUAUUAUAUACGUGAGGUUAGCGUAGGUUUUUUUUUAAAUGUUUUUACUACUUUUAUUUUACAUAUUUUUUGGAACAUCUUACAAAUCCAAAGUGGACUUCAAAAGGCAUAUUGUUGUGACCUUGCAAACGAACUGUGGAGACGUUUAUAUAUGAGCGAAAUCGAAUAAAAUGAACUUUUUGCGAUAAUGUAA